GGUAGGUACUUCGCAAUGCAUCCAACAAAUUGUAGGACUCACCACUCAAGAGUCGAAGAGCAUGUCUCCUGAGUUUUGGCCCUCUUCAAGAUUCAAGUCUCUUUGAAGUUUGAGCACGACCUCUAGCUCGACAUUGCAAACGUCUUCUUGCAUUCAUUGCUGUGCUACGUCGUUCUGCAUCACUUGGUGUGCUAGCGCUGAAAGCUGCAAGGCGAUUUCUUGUUCACAAGUGCUAAGCGGCGCAGCCACAAAAACCUUGGCGGAUAGAACCUUGAGGCAGGGUUUCAAACCCAGCAAAGCGCCACCUAUCCUCUGCAGACUCCCACACAUUCGAAGGUUUCUCCAGCCGAACAUGGCCAUGACUAUGGAGCACCCGACCAAAUUCACCUUCCCAACGCUCUUCUCCAAGUUCUAUGGCUCUGGCCUUCCCCGGCCAUACAGGUACUUCCCAGAUGACCCAGCCAAGUCGCGAGUUGAUCCUCCAGGCACCGUGAAUGGAGCUUUGCUAGAAUGGGCUGCGGAGGCACACUGGAACAUGGGGGGACUGAAUGUGACGAGAAAGAAGCUGCAAGGAAAGAUAGAGGGGAAGCUGGACAAACUGGAUAAGGAGCAAAAAAAGCGGUCCUCCAGCAGCGCCAAGAAGUCGUCCGCCAAGCGGCGGCGGCAGGACCCGGACAGCGACGCAGAGGACGAGCGGGUCCUCAAACAACUAGAGGAGGAGGACGAGAGCCAAGAGGAAGAGAGCGAAGGCGAGGAAGAGGAAGAGGAGAGUGACGAGGAGGGAGGAGAUUUAGAAGCUCAUGAGGAGGGAGAAGAAGCGCUGGAGGAGGAAGAGGAGGAGGAUAAGCCGAGCCACAUACGGUCCCGGACGCGCAGCGGCUCCAAGAAGGCCAAGGAGCGUGUGCGGAAGGUGCUGCAGUACCCGGACGUGGAGGGCCGGCGGGAUGAGAGCACCAAGGCGGAGUCCUCAGGGCCAGCGCCCGCUAAACCAGCCGGCAGCAGCCGGACCCGCCAGCUGCGUAAGAGCGCAGUCAUUGCGACUCCCAAAUCUCGCACGUCCGCUCAGACUCGCUCGGGCACCAAUCUGCGGACGCCAGCUAGCGCCAAGUCGGACGCCAAGGGGCCCGCUCGCAGGAGCGCACGCCUCACCCCGGUGGCGCUGCCAAGUGCGAGCAGCGGCGAGAGCGACGAGAAAACGGACGACGAAAGGGACUUCUCAGACGGUUCAGAGGACGAGAUGGCCGGAAACAACGAGUACCCAGCCACAGACGAUGAGGCAGAGAUUGAAGAUUUCUAGCUUAUCGGAGCCGUUGCGUCUGCCAAAAGGUCAAACACGUGACCUCCGUUUAGUAUUCCUGUGAUCGGGGCACGCAGACGAGCUGAGCCUUGAUACCCGGCCGCUUAAAACUAUAAGCGAAUGGUGUCUGCUCUAUCAAGAAACGUGUUGACAUAUCUGACAUAGGUCUUCAGUAACAGUGCGUAUCAGAAUAGUUAAAUCUACAAAUAGCGAGGUUUGCGAUGUGAAAGCUGCUGCCGCUGCAAGGCGGUUUGUUGCAAACCCUUUAAGUCAAUGUCACUCUCAGGCUGGGAUUACACGGCAUCGGUCUGACAAACCAACCAAGAGCUCGUUUUACUGUCAAGCAUGCCUGAUGGACGAGAAGAUUUCUCUCAAAACAAGC